AUGAGUCCCGAACCCGCUUCCGCCCAGGUCAACAUGUCUACCGCCUCUCGCGCCAUGUUGAGCAAAGUCCGAAAACUUGUGCCUCCCAUGCUCGAGAAAUUCCACAAAGGUCAGCUCGGGCGAGUGGCUGUAAUCGGCGGCAGCGCAGAUUACACAGGAGCUCCUUACUUCUCUGCCAUGGCGUCGGCAAGAUUGGGAUGUGACUUGUCCUAUGUCUUCUGCGAGCCCUCAGCUGCGCCAACGAUAAAAUCCUACUCUCCAAAUCUCAUGGUAUCGCCAAUUCUCAGGUCUACUGCUUCCAUCUCCCAAGCGCAGCAAGAGGCUGAUGCGUCCGGCGAAGAGUUGGCAAAGCCCAUUGUGGACAUGCUUCCUCGUCUUCAUGUCCUUGUGAUCGGACCAGGACUCGGUAGAGAUGCUGUUACCCAGAAGCAAGUCAAGGCUAUAAUUCAAGCUGCCAGAAAACACGAUCCACCUGUGCCGAUGGUAUUGGACGCCGAUGGUCUAUGGCUCGUUCAGACUGAUCCGGGAAUGAUUAAAGGCCAUAAAGAGUGUAUCCUGACCCCUAAUGUGGUGGAGUUUGGGAGGCUGGCAAAGUCUGUGGGACUCGAUCAUAAUUUUGAAAACCCGGAAAAGGCAUGCCAGCAGCUGUCCAGGAUUCUAGGUGGAGUUUGUAUCAUCCAGAAAGGCGCAGUUGAUUACAUUUCGCAGGGAGUCGAAACCACUAUUUCAGAUUUCCAAGGUGGCCUCAAACGAUCUGGUGGACAAGGUGAUACGUUGACAGGAUCACUGGGUACGUUUCUUGCAUGGCGAGAAAUCUACCAUGAAGGUUUGUGGGAUGUUGGCGAGCCAAUGAGCCGCGAAGAGACUCUUUUGGUUGCUGCAUUUGGCGGAAGUGCGAUUACCCGGGAAUGCUCUCGCCGAGCCUUUGUAAAAAGACAACGAAGUCUACAGGCAAGUGAUCUUACUGAUGAAGUGCAUGAGGCAUUCUUAGCACUCAUCGGAGAACCUGAAGACCCGCCAAAAUUAUAG